UUUAGUUUCGAAAGUAUAAACAAUGUGAAAAGUGUUACAUACUUAAUUAGAAUGUCUUCGGCUUCCAAUAAUCAAAACUUUAAUAGAAUUACACAUCCUUCCGUUAUAACUGAUUCUAUUGAAUUAACAGACAGAAGUGAAUCGUACAAUAAUUUAGAUGUGACAUUAGAUAAUGUGGGUAAUCAACCUAGUCAAUCACAUGAAGAUAAUAUAAUUGAGCCUUAUAUAAGAGUAAAUAAUGAUGAAAAUGGACACCUUAGAUUACCAACAUGCUCAAAAAAUAUAGGAAUGAUGGAAGAGUUACAUGAUUCAAAGCAAGAUAUUGACCAAGAAUUUUUCAAAAUGAAAAAACUUUUAAAUAUAAAUGCUGAAUCUGAAGUAACUGUUUUAAAAACUGCUAUUUUAAAUAAUGAAAUUCCAAAACCUGGAACUUUAGUUUGUCCAAAAGUUGUUAAAAAAGCUGGACCAUAUAUUUUAGGACCUUUGAUCGGUUCAUCUCCUGUUCAAAGUAUUAUCCAGUGUUUAGCUAGAAAAGAGGGAACCAACAAAUAUUAUACUAUUAAAAUAUUAACUUUAAAAGAUUCGAUGGAGUAUGAAACUCAGGAUGACCGACAAGGUAAAAUGUUAUUACAUUCAGAAUACUCGUUAUUGAGUUUAUUACAAAAUCAAGAUGGGGUUGUCCAUCAUUAUGGAUUUUUUAAGGAUUGUGCUUUGGAAGAAAAAAUUACAAAUUCAGGAUCUGUAUAUACUGGAAGAACCAGACAGAGACUGUGUUUAGUUUUGGAUUGUUUAAUUUGUCAUGAUUUUAAUCCAAACAGUGAUGAAUUGAUAAAUUUACAGCAUUAUGUUAUAAGAGAAAAAAAAUUAUUAGAAAAAGAAAGCCUUUUAAUAUUUAUUGAUACUGUAAGAAUUGUUGCAUCAUUACACAAGAGAAAUAUAGUUCAUAGAGAUCUUAAAUUAGGAAAUUUGGUUUUAAAUCGCAGAACAAGAAAGGUUACCAUUACAAAUUUUUGUUUGGGAAAACACUUGUCCUGUGAAAACGAUUUAUUAAAAGAUCAACGUGGAUCACCUGCUUACAUUUCACCUGAUGUUCUAUGUGGCAAACCAUACCUUGGAAAGCCUUCAGAUAUGUGGGCAUUAGGAGUUGUAUUGUAUACUAUGUUAUAUGGGCAAUUUCCAUUUUAUGAUAGUAGUCCCACACAAUUAUUCAGUAAAAUAAAAGCAGCAAGCUAUUAUGUACCGAAUGAUGGUAGAGUAUCUGAAGGAACUGUAUCAAUAAUAACAAAACUAUUGGUUCUUCAACCAAGUAAACGCUUAACUGCAGUUCAAGUUCUUGAUUCUUUAUCAACGAUAAUAGCUACUUUUAAAGUGCCUAUACCUAUUGAAGAAGAUGAAGAAGAACAAGUUGUACCUGAUAUUAUAAAUAGUAUAAAUGAAGAAAAUUGUGAUAAAAAAAUCGAGAAAAAAGCAGAUAUUAUGUCACAUAUAAAGAUUUUAACAGAUUUUUCAAAGCAAGUUACAAUACAAGAACAAAUGCAUCAAAUGAUGAAACAACAACCAAGUCCUUUAGUUACGCAGCCAAGACUAUACAAUCAAAUUCCAGUUUAUAAAGUAGAUACUGAUGCUAGGGAAUUGACUGCAACUGAAUUAGAUAAGUUCAAACAUCUUAUACCAAAAGAUAAUCAACGUCAACUUCCAUAUAAUCCAAAUAAUAGAAAUGACGGAAUUUUAUUGAGGGUUAGAGGCUCAUUAAGAAAUAGAAAUAACGGUGGUAAUCAAAUCAAUGUUCCAACUAGAGACUAUUCAACAAAUUACCAAUCGCUAUCUACUGGAAGUAGUAGUAGUGGUAGUAGUAGUAGCAUUAGCAGUAGCAGCAGUAAUAAUAAUAAUAUACUGAAUGAUGGACUUUUUUCGGUUCAAACACAUAGUCCUAUAAAUUCAAAUUUACAAAUUACAUCUAGAUCAACUUCUAACUCUAUCAGUAAUUUACAAUUAGGAAAUGAAGCAUAUUUACUUGACAUGACUAGAAAUUCUACUAGAUUAUCAAGAAAUUCAUUUAAUAAUAUACCUACAACAUUUGAAUAUAAUAGAACCAUGAAUUCUGGAAAUGUACUCAAUAGAAAUAUACCAUGGUUGGCAAAUAAUUUUAAUCAAUGCAUAAAUACUGGUCCUGCUCAAGAAAAUCAAUCUGCUCCACCUACAAAUAUAAGUGAAUUAUAUCCUAAUAAUCAUAACCAAUCACAUGAUCAACAAGGAAAUAGUAUAUUUGAAUUUAUUCUUCGUUUUAAUAAUAUGCAAGCAAAUAUUUCACAAAAUGCUUUAGGGUCACUCAGUAGUACAUUAAAUAAUAGGAAUUCUUUUGAUUCUAUAAAUUCAUCUAAUGAUUUAAGUAGCUCAGCCAAUCAAUUUCAAAAUCAGCAAAAUAGACUCAGAAAUGCUAUAAUAGAUUGGCUACCACCAUCUUUCAGGAGGCAACAAAACAGAAUAGAUAAUAUGGAAAGAACCUUAUUAUCAAGAAGACUGUCUCUUAAUAAUAAUCGAUAUACACCUUAUUUUGCAAAUUUUAGACAUAUGGGAAUUUAUGCAAAUAUGUUAAAUCAAACAAAUGUCAGAAGGACAAGUUCAGAUUCAAAUUUAGGAAGGUUAAUAGAUUCUGUUACAAGCACUCAAAUUAAUGAACCUGCUGUUCCAACUACAAUUACAGAACAGAAUUUUCCAAAUUCCUCAAGACAAAUAAAUGUAGAAGAUCCCAUUCAACAAGCAGCACAGUUUAAUCCAAAUGAUCAACAGGAAUUUAACAGACUUGCUUAUGAUAUGUCUUCAUCAUCAAACGAAGUAUUGGCAGAUUUAAAUACAUUAAGGCGCAAUUUAGCCUUACAGUUAUUAUCUACUGUUAUCGUUUCACCACAAGAACCAAAUAAUAAUAAUGGUGAUGUAGUUUGAUAAUUAACAUUUAAUGAU